GAUAACAGUAGGCAGUAGAAAAGUAAAAUUUAAUUGAACUUAUCACUCGUAAUUAACUUAACUACAUUUGUUUCUUUGAAUUUGGUACCUAAUAGUUUUAAUUUUUAUGUUUUAAUUUCUUCUUCACUAAAGUGUCCACAGAUAUUUAUUAUAUUUUAACAAUUAAAAUUACCAUAGAACCUUUGACCUAUGCUAACGACGAUGGAAUGGAUUGAUUCUGAACAUUAAAUCAUUCCGAUAAUAUCCUAUCCUUGAAUGAAAUUAAUUACAAUACCACGUAUAAUAACAUACUAUUGUGAAACGUCUACUUUUUAUAAACAGAGCUUUAGUGAAUGUUUUAUAGACUGUAUGUUUUGUAGAACCAAGAACUGAGAUUUAAUGAUCCAAAAACAUGUUAAAAAGUGAUUCAAGUGCCUAACUUUGUUGGAUAAAUAUUCUACAAAGUGUAUUAAUUGUAACUUCCAAAGAAAUCAAAGGAGACAGUAUGGAAACUGACGACGACCUCCUCUCCGGGAACAUCCUGGACGACCUCCCCAAUGUGAGCGACACGAUGCUGGACGGCUCCAUGGGAUGCAGUUCCAACGACAUCGGCGAUAUGACCUUCUGCAUGGGAAACUACGUUGGCGAUUUUAUGAAGAUGCUGUUCACGAUGAGGUCACACCAAAUGCUGACCGACGUCGUCCUGGAGGUCGGGAACGAACUGUUCCACGCGCACAAGGUCGUAUUGGCGGCAGGCAGUCCUUAUUUCAAGGCGAUGUUCACAAGCGGUCUGAAAGAGUGCGAAAUGUCCCGGGUUCGACUCCAGGGCGUCUGCCCGUCGGCCAUGGCGUGGCUGGUGUACUUCAUGUACACGGGGAAGGUCAGGGUCACGGAGGUCACAGUGUGUCAGCUGCUGCCCGCCGCGACCAUGUUCCAGAUAUCGAACGUGAUAGAGGCGUGCUGCGCUUUCCUAGAACGACAACUGGACCCGUCCAACGCUAUAGGUAUCGCCAACUUCGCAGAGCAACACGGCUGUGCCGAUCUGAAGUUUAAAGCGAAUCAAUUCAUCGAGAGGCAUUUUAUACAGGUUUGUCAAGAGGAGGAGUUCCUGCAGUUGACAGCGCCCGAGCUGAUCUCUCUGGUGAGGAAGGACGAACUCAACGUGGGCGAGGAGAGAGACGUUUACAACGCCGUCAUUAGCUGGGUGAAAUACGAUGAAGAUCGCCGCCACCCGCGCAUGGAGCACAUCCUGAAGGCGGUCCGCUGCCAGUACCUCACGCCCAACUUCCUCAAGGAGCAGAUGAGCACCUGCAGCGUGCUGGAGAAGGCGCCAGCCUGCAGGGAGUACCUGGCCAAAAUAUUCAAGGAUCUGACAUUGCACAAGAGGCCCGUAGUCAAAGAGAGGAGGCCGAACACCCCCCGGAUCAUAUACGUGGCUGGUGGAUACUUCAGAAAUUCCAUUGGAGUAUUCGAAGCUUAUAAUCUGGACGACAAUUCUUGGACCACGUUACCACCGCUCACAGUGCCACGGUCUGGAUUAGGAGCCGCUUUUGUCAAGGGUCUAUUCUUCGCGGUAGGCGGCCGCAACACGUCCCCCGGAUCUUCGUACGACAGCGACUGGGUGGACGUGUACAACCCGGCCCUGGAGAUGUGGAGGCCCUGCAGCCCCAUGUCCACACCGCGACACAGGGUGGGUGUGGCGGUGAUGGACGGAUUACUUUAUGCCGUCGGAGGUUCGUCCGGCUCAGAGUAUCAUAAGACUGUUGAAUGUUACGAUCCAGAACGCGACACUUGGACGAUGGUGGCAUCUAUGAAGUCGGCAAGAUUAGGAGUGGGCGUCGCCGUCGUAAAUAGAUUGUUGUACGCGGUCGGCGGCUUAGAUGGCGCUAGGAGAACUAAUACAGUGGAGUGUUACCAUCCCGAGAACAAUUGCUGGACCGAAGUCACGCCCAUGAACGUGGGUAGAAGCGGUGCCGGCGUGGCGGCCCUGGGCCAGUACAUCUACGUGGUGGGCGGCUACGACGGCACCGUGCAGCUGUCGUCCGUGGAGCGGCUGGACACAGAGCGCGGCGCGUGGGAGCGCGUGGCGGACUUGCGCGUGCCGCGCUCUGCGCUCUCGCUCGCCGUGCUCGACAACAAGCUGUAUGCGAUGGGCGGCUACGACGGCACCCGCUUCCUGGACAUAGUGGAGGUGUACGAGCCGGCGACUGACACGUGGCGCGCGGGCACGGCGCUGCCGUCGGCGCGCUCGGGGCACGCGUCCGCCGUGUGCUACCAGCACGUGGCCGCGCCCGACGCCGAGCCCGCGCCCGCCGCCAUCAGGAGGUUCAGCCGAAGACAUACACCGUCCACGCCCGGCACUUCGGCCCACGAAAACAACGCUGAAGCUAACGACAUACCAAUGGCCAAUAACAUUAUAGGCACGCUGUCUAACAAACACUCGGGCUUAUAGCAUCCCCACCCCGGUUACCAGUCUCGUCGGGUCUUCCCAUACUCCUUUUGCGAAGUCGGAGUUUAUUGGUCAGUGGUUUUGGCCCUCUUCAAUGGUAUCAGCGCUGCCUACGACUGUAGGCAGGUCGAUGGGGCGGCCUGGGUCUUCACAUCUCCACUGGGAGUUCCCAUCGGCAGCGAGGGGAGGGUUUCACCCGGCGGUCCGGAGCGCAGGUGGCUGUAAAACGGUUACCCGUAAGUGCAACAUUAUACUAUUUACGAUGAUGUAAUGCUGGGUCGGGAGGGCGGAGAAUGUUAUCGUACCGAUCUUAACUGUGAACGUCAUUUCUCAGCAUGAAUUAUGAACAUGCUGCGUGUGAAAGUGACGUCAUUUCUGUGUUACAUGCCGGGUAUGAAAGAGGAUCUGAGCUCUGAAGCUUUUGAAAUGAUAGUGGAUACUUUCCAUCCACUCUGCAAAGUGAUAAUAGUGUACUAAUGAAGUUAUAGUGCGGACAGAUUAUAUAACAUAACAUAAAUAACAUAGUUAUUUAACAAUGUUUCAGUAAUGUAGACACAUUAAAUUUUAAAAAACAUGUUGAGUAUAAGUUAUGUAUUUAACAGGUUAUUUUUGUUAAUUUGAAAUGUUAUAUAACAUUGUUAGUAUUUUAUAUGUUGCAUAGUAAUAAAAAAUAUCAGAUAAUGUAGACGUCAUACAACAAAGUUGUAGUACAUUAUUACAUAAUCUGUACGCACCUUUAUAGUGGUUCAAUCGCAGCAGAUUUGUUGUGGUCUUUAUUCCAGGCUAAAGACAGUUUGAUUUCCAUUAACGGUGUCUUAAAUGGACUUAAGAUUUUGUGUAAAAUAUUAUUUAAGUCUAAAAACAAGUGGCAGACGUAAUGUUUAAGAAAAUGAUGGUGUAAAGAGUCAAUUGACGGUGCAAUCUAUAGAAAAAGUAAUAAAAAAUUAUAGUGUAUAUGAUAUUCUGGCCAUUUUUAAUGAUAUUUUUGUGUGUAAAAAAUUUUGUACAAAAGAAUAUUUGUAACAAGGAGUGUGGUGCAACAAAAAUAUAUAAUGUAACACGAGACAAAUGGAUUCUUGGUAAAAUCAAUAAGAUGUAAAAGUCAGUCAGUCAUCACGUCUCGUUCCCGGCGGGAGCGGUAUGCGGUCUGCUGAAAGCCGCUUUGCGACGAUGAAUGUAAGAGGAGGAAUGAAGGAUAAGAUUGAGGAAGUAUGCCAGAUGAUGGAUGAAAGACGUUUGGAUGUGUUGUGCGUGAAUGAAACGAAGCGGAAAGGAUGCGACGCGACGCAGCACGGCCCUUACACGGCGUAUUGGUCUGGAAUUUCCAGUACCAGCCGAGGCUGUCAAGGGGUCGGUCUAAUUCUUUCUGCACGAAUGGCUGAGUGCGUGAAUGAGUAUGAGUGUGUCAGCCCUCGUCUUCUAUGGAUUAGGCUGAAAGUUGGAAUCACUCGGAUCUUCGUUCUAGGUGUUUAUGCACCUUGGGAUGUGGGUUCGAGGGGUACAACAUCAGCAAAAAGCGAAAACGAGGAGUUCUGGAAUAGUGUAAGAGAAGUAUUGAAAGUUACCAAGCCAAAUGAGAAGAUUAUUAUGUUAGGUGAUUUUAAUGGAUGGGUGGGUGUAAAGCGUGAUGGAUAUGAAAAGGUGCUUGGUGCGUUUGGUGACGAAAAGGUGAAUGAUAAUGGAAGAAGUGUAUUAGAAAUUUGUCUAGAGUGGGAUCUUUUUGUGUCGAACUCAAUGUUUCAACAUAAAGAGAUCCACACCUACACAAGAGUGGAAGGUAUUUUAAAAAGUAUGAUAGACUUUGUGAUUGUAGAUGAAAGAUUGAAGAACAAAGUGCUGGAUACCCGUGCAUAUCGCGGUGCUGGCAUUGACUCGGACCAUUUACUGGUGAUAUCCCGGAUAAGGGGUAUCUUCAAUCGCUGGCGGCACAGGGUAAGGGAGCAAACCAGCGCUUUGGAAAGAGUAAAAGUAGAAAAUUUGCAAGAUAUGGAUGUAGGUAAGAAGUAUAUUAAUAGACUGAAGGAUGAAUUUGAAGAUUUAGAUGAAAUGAGCGAUAUUGAAGAUGGAUGGAAGGAAUUUAAAGAAAGAAUUGUGAAAGUAGCUGUUGCAGUGUGUGGUGUAAGUAGAAGAAGGAAAGGAAAAAAUCACAAAAAUGCGUGGAUGAGUAAAGAUGUGCAAGAACUUGUGCGAUUAAAGAAGAAAGCAUGGCUGGAUUUGUUAGCAGCAAAAGCUAACUUAAGAAUGCAAGAGGUUAUAGAUGAAGAUGUGAAUGAAGCACGUAAGGAAUAUAAGAAAAUGAAAGAUUUGGUUAAGAAAGCUGUGAUUAGAAAGAAAGAAGAGUAUAAAGAGGAUUUUGAUAAAAGGCUAUCGGAAGACUUUCAGUCAAAUCUGAAAGUAUUCUGGAAAUCCGUAAGGUCAGCCCGAGGAAAUACUAUAACCAGAGAGCUGACUAGGAUCAGAUCCAGGAUGGUAGCGUUGUGAAAGGAGAAGAAUGUGUACUAAAGAUAUGGAAGGACUAUUUUGAAAGUUUAUUUGAAAAAAAGGAAGGAAAUAAGAAAGAUUUCUGCUAUAGCGAAGAAAAAGAGAAUGAGAUGGAAGGCGAAAUUGAAAUGUUCGAAAUUGUGGAAGCACUUAAGAGUAUAAAAGCGGGAAAGGCUGCUGGGUGUGAUAGAGUGUCGGUCGAGAUGCUUAAAGCAGGAAAAGGCGUAGUAGCUAGUCAGUUGUACUGCCUUUUCAAUUUGUGUUGGAGAAGCGGCCGAGUACCAAAAGAUUGGUGUAAGGCUGUUAUCGUGCCACUUUACAAAGGAAAAGGGUCACAGCUGGACUGCAAAAAUUAUCGUGGUAUAAGCCUGCUUAGCGUCGUCGGCAAAUUGUAUGCUAAGGUAUUGAUUAAUAGAGUCAGGAAUGAAACUGAUGACAAAAUAUGGGAUGCUCAAGCGGGAUUUCGAAAGGGAAUGGGAUGUACUGAUCAGGUCUUUUCCUUGCGGUGCAUAGCCGAAAAGUUUUUGGCCAAGAGUCAAAAAGUCUAUUGCACAUUCGUAGAUCUGGAAAAGGCCUAUGACAGAGUUGAGAGGAAUGAAUUGUGGUCAGCACUUUCUAUGCAUGGGGUGAGCAGUCUCUUAAUACGAGCACUGAAAUCCUUAUAUGAGGAUUCGAGUGCUUGUGUCAGGAUAAACGGAGCGCACACUGAGUGGUUUAAGAUUGAGAAAGGCGUUAGGCAAGGAUGUGUUGCGUCACCGUGGCUGUUCAACCUAUUUAUGGAUAGCUGUUUGACAGAUUUGAAAGAGUCUAAAAGUGGAUUAAGGAUGAAUGAGUUACUCGUCAAAUGUCUGCUCUAUGCCGACGAUCAGGUUAUACUGGCGUCAUCAGCGGAGGAGUUACAGGAGAUGGUAAACUGUAUGCAUGAAGCUUUAAAAGAGAAAGGAAUGAAAGUGAACGUAAGUAAAACUAAAACACUGGUUUUUGAAAUGGAGAAAGAAAUGACAGCAUGUAAUAUUUUGAUUGGAGGAGAAAAAGUGGAGCAAGUGAAAGAGUUUGUAUAUCUAGGAUCAAAGUUUACAUCAGAUGGCAAGUAUGAUAGUGAUAUUGAAAGGAGAGUGAACGCGGGGAACAUGGUGAAUGGAGCUUUGCAUGCCUUUAUGAGCAGUCAGAAACUAUCCAAAAAGGCUCGACUGGCUGUGCACAGGGGCGUGUUGGUCCCGACAUUAAUGUAUGGGAGUGAAAGUUGGGUAUGGCAAAAGAAACAUGAAAGCAGAAUAAAUGCAGUGGAAAUGAGAGCGUUAAGGAGUAUGAUGGGUGUGAAAUUGAGUGACAGGAUAAGGAACAGCGUGAUAAGGGAAUGUUGUGAUGUGAAAGAAGAUGUAGUUACAGGAAUAGAAAAGGGUAUGUUAAGAUGGUUCGGUCAUGUGGAGAGGAUGAAUGAAAGCAGGUUGACUAAGCAGAUAUACAAGGAGAGUGUGGAGGGAAAGGUCGGAGUGGGAAGACCUAGACGAACGUAUCUUGAUCAAAUUAAGGACGUCCUGGUAAAGGGUCAGGUCAAAAGUACCCGAAACCGCCGAGCUUGUAUGAAGAGAGUUAUGAAUGUGGACGAAGCGAAAGAAGUAUGCAGAGAUCGUGGCAAGUGGAAAGAGGUAGUCUCUGCCUACCCCUCCGGGAAAGAGGCGUGAUUUUAUGUAUGUAUGUAUGUAUGUAAAAGUUGAUCAAUUGGUCAACUUUUAAAUGUUAUUGAUUUUUCAGUCCGUUGUUUAAUUCUUUUUUUUUUUAAUUAAAGAAUAUAAUAUGAAAUAUCCUUCCCUCCACAGUACCUAUAUUGUAAGUAUUUUGUUUGUUCUGUACAUAAUCAUAUUAUUGUUAGUUUAAUUUAACCGUUUUAAGUUAAUAAUCCAAUUCUAACGUGCCAAAAUAGGUUGUGAUAUGAUCAUGUCUCACUUAAGUAUUUUCUAUGGUUUCAAAUUGCAACUAUUAAUUAAUCACAAUUUUUUAAGCUGAAAUAUAUUUUAUUUUAGUUGACUCUCCCAUUCCUGUAUAAUAAGAUAAUAAAGGAAAUAUAUUGUGUGAUAGCUUAUACAUUCUUUCAUUGCCACCCAGAGAAAUAGUUGAUUAAAAAUCUUUUGUUUCUUUACAAGCUCUUAUUUACUUAAUUAUUCACCAAAGGUGCAUGAAAGCAUGUGUACUGAAUAACAGCAUAGUUCAGUCGGGGUAUUUAUCAUACAACCUUCGAUCAACUAUAUACUAGAUUCAUAGAUGAGGGUAAAAUCAUUCAAAAAAAUCCGCACUUUUAUACGCCAUUUUAAACACAUUUACUAAUAUCCUCUGCUCAUUCACAAUAAGCAGUUUUCUAUUUAAAGAUUGUGAGCCGUAUUGUAUAGUAUGUAAUAUAUUAUGAUCCAUUUUUGAUCGGACGGACGGAUUUGUUUAAUUCGGACACUUUCAGCAGGUCUAAUAGAUAGUUCAUCGAUGCUUACAAAGAAAUCAUCAAGAUGUGAAUUAAAAGCUUGAAAAGAAAGAGAAGCUGUUCUCUUUCCUUCACUUAUUUCAGAAUAAGUGAUAGUAUUUUUUGAAUAAUUUUGAAUACCAAUCAUAGUACGUGCAAUAUUAUAUUUUUACAAUUGUUAUUUUGACGUUUUGUCUAGGUUAGAUAUCUUUUGUAUAGUUUUUAUGUACUUAGAAGCGGUAAACAAUAUUUUAUUACUAAUCAAAACUAUAUAUUGUAUUUGUAUUGUAUUUUUGUAGUACGACGCCUUUGGCCGACUGAAUAACCCGUAUGACUAGUUUGAUUGUUUACCUUUUUUUAAAUACAAGAAAAACUAUACUCAUUGAGCCUGUGUAAAUAACACUACCCAACAAAAUUGAAGUUAAGGAGAGCAACAGAGACCAGAGUAUGAUAUUCUAGGUAAAACGACCACGCUUAAUUCGAAUCUGAGCUUAGAAUUUUGCCUAGACGUCAGGUUUUUUUUUUUUUUUUUGUUUAUUAAUUGUACAAUUUGUUACAGAAAAAAUAAAAAACCGAGAUAUAAAAUAGCAAGAAAUCAUUGUAAUUAAUAAAAAAUAAACACAUAAAAUUAUUAAUAAUGUAUAUAAUCUAUUCUAAAGUUGUUUUUCCCUUUGAAUGUGGAGAUUUUCUUUUAUAUUCGCAAUCUGAUUCUCUUGUAAGGAACCAACAGUAAUCGCCCAUCAUUGCGGAGUCCCAUCGACCCUGAUAUCUUUUUUCCAUCGUAAGAAUGUCUUGAUGAAAUCUUUCACCCAUCUCAUCACUCACAGCUCCCAAAUUUUCGGGGAAGAAACUUAGAUGUGAGUGCAAAAAAUGAAUUUUCAGCGACAUUCUACAGCCCAUUUUUUGGUAGCUUUUCAGCAGAUUUUCUAUAAGUUCUUUAUAGUUUUCUGCUUUUCUAUUCCCUAAGAAGUUUGUGACCACAUUUUGAAAUGACUUCCAAGCUUGUAAUUCGGUGUCAUUUAACUUUUUCUCGAAGUCUUCAUCUUUCAUCAGUUUUCUUAUUU